UCAGUGGCGUCGGAACUGCAAAGCACCUGUGAGCUCGCGGAAGUCAGUUCAGACUCCAGCCCGAUCCAGCUCGGCCCGACCCAACCCGACCGCACCCGGCCCCUGCCCUCUCUCGGCGUCCCUGGCCAGCCAUGGGCCCUUGGAGCCGCAGCCUGUCGGCGCUGCUGCUGCUGCUGCAGGUCUCGUCUUGGCUCUGCCAGGAGCCGGAGCCUUGCCACCCCGGCUUUGACUCCGAGAGCUACACGUUCACGGUGCCCCGGCGGCACCUGGAGAGAGGACGCGUCCUGGGCAGAGUGAGUUUUGAAGAUUGCACCGGUCGACAAAGGACAGCCUUUUUUUCCCUCGACACCCGAUUCAAAGUGGGCCCAGACGGUGUGAUUACAGUCAAAAGGCCUCUACAGUUUCAUAACCCACAGAUCCAUUUCUUGGUCUACGCCUGGGACUCCACCUACAGAAAGUUUUCCACCAAAGUCACGCUGAAUACAGUGGGGCACCACAGCCGCACCCCGCCCCUUCAUGCCUCUGUUUCUGGAGUCCAAGCAGAAUUGCUCACAUUUCCCAACUCCUCUCCUGGACUCAGAAGACGGAAGAGAGACUGGGUUAUUCCUCCUAUCAGCUGUCCAGAAAAUGAAAAAGGCCCAUUUCCUAAAAACCUGGUUCAGAUCAAAUCCAACAAAGACAAAGAAGGCAAGGUUUUCUACAGCAUCACUGGCCAAGGAGCUGACACACCGCCUGUUGGUGUCUUUAUUAUUGAAAGAGAAACAGGAUGGCUGAAAGUGACAGAGCCUCUGGAUAGAGAAAACAUUGCCACAUACACUCUCUUCUCUCAUGCUGUGUCAUCCAACGGGAAUGCAGUUGAGGACCCAAUGGAGAUUUUGAUCACAGUGACCGAUCAGAAUGACAACAAGCCCGUGUUCACCCAGGAGGUCUUUAAGGGGUCUGUUAUGGAAGGUGCUCUUCCAGGGACCUCCGUAAUGCAGGUCACAGCCACAGACGCGGAUGAUGAUGUGAGCACCUACAAUGCCGCCAUCGCUUACACCAUCCUCAGCCAAGAUCCUGAGCUGCCUGACAAAAAUAUGUUCACCAUUAACAAGAACACAGGAGUCAUCAGUGUGGUCACCACUGGGCUGGACCGAGAGAGUUUCCCUAUGUAUACCCUGGUGGUUCAAGCUGCUGACCUUCAAGGUGAGGGGUUAAGCACAACAGCAACAGCUGUGAUCACAGUCACUGACACCAAUGAUAACCCUCCGAUCUUCAAUCCCACCACGUACGAGGGUCAGGUGCCUGAGAACGAGGCUAACGUCGUAAUCACCACACUGAAAGUGACUGAUGCUGACGCCCCCAAUACCCCAGCGUGGGAGGCUGUAUACACUAUAUUGAAUGAUAAUGACGGACAAUUUGUUGUCACCACAAAUCCAGUGACCAACGAUGGCACUUUGAAAACAGCAAAGGGCUUGGAUUUUGAGGCCAAGCAGCAGUACAUUCUACACGUGGCAGUGACGAACGUGGCGCCUUUUGAGGUCUCUCUCACCACCUCCACAGCCACCGUCACCGUGGAUGUGCUGGAUGUGAACGAAGCCCCCAUCUUUGUGCCUCCUGAAAAGAGAGUGGAAGUGUCCGAGGACUUUGGCGUGGGCCAGGAAAUCACAUCCUACACUGCCCGGGAGCCAGACACGUUUAUGGAACAGAAAAUAACGUAUCGGAUUUGGAGAGACACUGCCAACUGGCUGGAGAUUAAUCCGGACACUGGUGCCAUUUCCACUCGGGCUGAGCUGGACAGGGAGGACUCUGAGCACGUGAAGAACAGCACGUACACAGCCCUCAUCAUAGCUACAGACAAUGGUUCUCCAGUUGCUACUGGAACAGGGACUCUUUUGCUGAUCCUGUCUGAUGUGAAUGACAAUGCCCCCAUACCAGAACCUCGAAAUAUAUUCUUCUGCGAGAGGAAUCCAAAGCCUCAGGUCAUAAACAUCAUUGAUGCAGACCUUCCUCCCAAUACAUCUCCCUUCACAGCAGAACUAACGCACGGGGCGAGUGCCAACUGGACCAUUGAGUACAACGACCCAACCCAAGAAUCUAUCAUUUUGAAGCCAAAGAUAGCCUUAGAGGUGGGUGACUACAAAAUCAAUCUCAAGCUCAUGGAUAACCAGAAUAAAGACCAAGUGACCACCUUAGAGGUCAGCGUGUGUGACUGUGAAGGGGCCACCGGCGUCUGUAAGAAGGCACCGCUUGUUGAAGCAGGAUUGCAAAUUCCUGCCAUUCUGGGGAUUCUUGGAGGAAUUCUUGCUUUGCUAAUUCUGAUUCUGCUGCUCUUGCUGUUUCUUCGGAGGAGAGCGGUGGUCAAAGAGCCCUUACUGCCCCCAGAGGAUGACACCCGGGACAAUGUUUAUUACUAUGAUGAAGAAGGAGGUGGAGAAGAGGACCAGGACUUUGACUUGAGCCAGUUGCACAGGGGCCUGGACGCUCGGCCUGAAGUGACUCGUAACGACGUUGCACCAACCCUCCUGAGUGUCCCCCGGUACCUUCCCCGCCCUGCCAAUCCCGAUGAAAUUGGAAAUUUUAUUGAUGAAAAUCUGAAGGCGGCUGAUAGUGACCCCACAGCCCCGCCUUAUGAUUCUCUGCUCGUGUUUGACUAUGAAGGAAGCGGUUCCGAAGCUGCUAGUCUGAGCUCCCUGAACUCUUCAGAGUCAGACAAAGACCAGGACUAUGAUUACUUGAACGAAUGGGGCAAUCGCUUCAAGAAGCUGGCAGACAUGUACGGAGGCGGCGAGGAUGACUAGGGGACUCGAGAGAGGCGGGCCCUAGACCUGUGUGCUGGGAAAUGCAGAGAUCAUGUUGCUGGUGGUUUUUCAGCUCCCUUCCCUUGAGAUGAGUUUCAAGGUAAAAAAGAGACUGGUCAGUGAUGUGGUUAGUAUAGCUUUAUAGUCUUUCCACUUUAUAGCUAUAAUCAAUGUGUGUUAGAAAAGUUUUGACUUAUUCCUUGAAGGAUUUUUUCCCCCACCGCGAUUUACAUGGUGGUGAUGUCCAA